UUAACUCUUCAUUUCUUAGCCCGUGACAGAUAAUGGAGUAACAGUUUUGGCAAGGUUACAACACUGUAGGAAGACAUCAAAACCAAUUUAUGGGAAAGAAGCAAAGCUUGUGGGCAAUUCUUGAUGAGGAAGUGUGAUCUGAGGCAGUCUCACAGCAGCAGGGUUUCUGGAGCAAUGUCAUCCUCUUUACCCAUUCUGCCAAAUUCCCUGAAAGAAAACUUCCCUGGGCCUCAUAAUCCCCAACUUGCUUCGAUGCAAAGGCAACUGACGAAUGAUUCCGUGCCCUUACAUCACAGCGCACUUCAGUCUGCUAGUUUGCACCCGAGAGCUGGUGCUAUGAGAUCGGUGUAUUCAGGUUUACUAGGGUACCCUGCUAAUCCACUUGACUCUGUGCCAAACCACGAUAGGCAGUCUAUGGUUGCUUCUUUUGCUUGUCAGUCACCAGAUAUCGUAGCAUUUCAGCCUUUAUCUAAUAGCAUCCCUGGAGGACACACUGAGGAAACUUGGUUCCCGGGUUCGGUUGAUGGUUUAUCAGAUUACAGAGAUAUCAUCCCUGCUUCUGGUAAUCAGAUCCAGAAUGGCAGUCCUGCUGUGACAUCUGAUGUGGUUGCUCAACAAAAUGAGUGGUGGGAUAUAAUGAAUGAUGAUUGGAAAGAUAUUCUAGAUGCAACGGCCAAUGAUUCACAGUCAAAGUCCAUGGUUCAACCUUCCAAUUCGGCUGCAUCACAACCAGCUGUGAACCAGCCAGCUUCAUCUCAUGGUGGAGAGAUUUGUAAUGUAGCUAGUCCUCCCAAUAGCAACUCUGCAGCCAAACAACGCAUGAGGUGGACCCCAGAACUCCAUGAAUGUUUCGUAGACGCUGUAAAUAAGCUUGGUGGUAGUGAAAAAGCUACUCCUAAGGGUGUACUGAAGCUUAUGAAAGUUGAAAGUUUGACAAUAUAUCAUGUGAAAAGCCAUCUGCAGAAGUACCGCACAGCCCGCUAUAAGCCAGAACUAACUGAAGGUACGACAGGAGAAAGAUCUAGCACCGAAGAAUUGACUCUAGACCUGAAAUCGAGCAUGGAUCUUACUGAGGCGCUGCGCCUUCAAAUGGAAGUUCAGAAACGUCUUCAUGAACAACUUGAGACUCAGAGAAAGUUGCAGUUGCGAAUUGAAGAACAAGGGAAGUAUCUGCAGAUGAUGUUUGAAAAGCAGUCUAAAUCCAAUAAGGAGAAGGUGCUGGGCCUGUCCUCAGGUGGUGCAGCAACCCUAUCAUCUGAGCCGAGCCAUUCUGCCAACAGAAGUAGGGAGAGUGAUGAAGAUGAUGACCUAAACAUAACAGGAGACAGCCUGGGGAGUGCAGAAUUACGAGAAAAUUCAAUGCGUGCUGGUGGCAACCAGGGGCCAGCACAAAGCGAGUCAUCCGAUCCCCUAGCAAGUACAAAUGAUGGAUCUCAGGCCUCCCAAGAGAAGCGCCGUAGGGUGCAUGAUAGUUAAACUGCCAUCAGUUUGGUAAUCCAGAUAAUAGCAGUUCAGUCAAUCUAUUUGGUGAAAAGAUGGUUCCAUCAUUUGUCUGUGCUAAUCCGCAAGUCUAUAGAGCUGAGCCACCUAUAUCUAAUUGGAAUCUUCUGGUGGCCGCUUAUAUAAACUGUUAGCAAUAAAUCAAAUUAUCUCCCGACGUAUGGUAAAUAAGUAUGUCUUGGGAUCUAGCAAUCUUUUAGAUAUAGUUGUUAUUUGAGCGGUUUUGUGGCAGAAGGUCAUGAACUGUUAGAAAGCCAGUGUUUGUCCAUGAGGCAGGAAAUAUUGGAAUACCUGACCCUUGUGUGGUUUCGGUGUGACUUAACUGAUGAUGAUAGUAAGGUUUUUGUUCUAUAACAUGGCAACUAUAGUUCGCUUA